AUGGACCACUCCAGAGAACCGCACAAGACGCUUCUCAGGUCGUUGCUUGGGCUCUACCAGUCUAAGGUGCCAGCAGACAAUGAAAACUCCAGCAAGGCCUACUCCUUCAAUCCUGAGCUGGUCAUUGCCCAUUGCUUUAAGCAAUUCAAACAGGAGGACUUCCACCUGCCACAAAGCCGCCGCCGGGUCAUCAUUGUGCCUUGCCGGGAGGAGGAGCAGAUACCUGUCAACCCCAAGCCCCAGCCCCAGGCAUCCCCACAGCCUAUUCCCAGUUUCAAGGCCCUGCAAGCCAAGGAUAUACAAGAACAGCUACUGGAUACCAAGACUUGGUUGAAGCAGAGGUUGAAGCUUCGGAAGGAGCUGGAGUCAUUUGGCAACGUGGAGAGGUGGCUGAAGAACAAGCCCAAAUGCACACCUUCGGAGGCCAAAAUCUUACGCAGUAUCCUCAAGGAGCAUAUGACCCAGCCAGCAGUUCCCUUGGCUGCUACCCGGAAGAAAGCCACCCGGGCUUGGCACAGAUUGGUGCCCGUGAUCCAUCUGCCCACACCUGAUGCUCUGUCAGCCAUGUACUCCUACCUGCAUACCCGCAAGAUCAAGAUCCUAGAGAUGUUUAACAAGGUGAACUGCAGUGAUGACCAGAUCACCCGGGAGGAGUUCAUUAUGGCUCUGAAGGCAGCAGGAGUGCCUUUGAAUAGCCAGGAGGUGGAAGACAUAGUGAUCUACCUCAGCUCUCUGGGGAAGUUCAACACCAUCACGACAGAUGUCCUGGCCAGCACCUACAAGCAGUGGUCCUUGGCUCAGCAGAGGAGAAGCCAGAAAGCCUUAAGGGAGAGUAUGUACCCUGCCCUGGGCAGCAUAUUCCUACAGAGUCCACUCAAGAAGCAGAAGGUAAGCCUAACCCCGCAGCCUCCCAAGAUGAACCUGCUGACUGUGCCCAAGAUCAACUUGAAGAAGGAAGUGAGGCCCAUGACCCUAGAGGACAUGGAGGAGGUUGGCAAAUGGCACCGUGAGAAGAGGCGGCUACACAAGCUCUCCAUCCCCUCCAUCCAGUACUCAGAACAGUGCCGCCUGGUCCGCAGUGGGAACAGGCACUUUGAUGAGAACUGCCUCCCGUCCACAAUCCGUGGUGACAUGGGGGAGCUGAUCAACAAGUCCCGCAGAGACAACUUUCUGGUCUACCUGAAGUGCUGGAAACUCUGUGAGUCCUAUGGCCUCCCGCUGACAGAGGACAUCCUCAUGAAAGCCCUGCUGUACCCGGGAGACAAGAUCAUUUUCUUGAAAGACCAGGUGCUCCCGAUCCGACAGCCAGGAGGCUACUACUCAGACUUCAAGUUCUUCACUCUGAACCAGUCUCUGCUCAGGUCACAAGGGACCCGUGUGGCUAAGAAGACUGACAAGCUGAGUCUCACACUCCUGUCUCCCUGUCAUUUGAAAACACCAAAGAAAAUCAAGAAAAUACACUUUAAGGAGUUUGAGGAACUCACCAGAAAGCUGAAAACAAGGAGGUCUGAUGGUCAGCAGCAAACUCACCCCAACCUCUUCUGGCCAGGCCACCUCCUGGACAAGCUGCAGCUCUACUUGCCCACCGUGGCCACGGACCGGAGCCUAGCACUCUUCAGCCACAUCCAAAUCCAGCCCCCUGCCUACCCAGCCAUCUACCACCCCAACCGCUGGUGGCCCAUAAGGAACAACUACAUGACCCAUGCCUAUUAUGAUGCCCCCAAGGUCUACUACAUCAACUAG